CGCGCGCGGGGGGAACCUAAAAUUGGCGAUUUCCAAAGAAUCCUCCGUCAAGCCGAAGAGCGAGUUGGUACCGGACAGUACGGAAGUUCUCUACAGGACAUAUUGUAUGUACCGUAAACCAUGUAUGGAAUCUUUCCCAAGACAUUCAAAGCCUAGUAGUUCUUCCAGCAAAAGAAUCGAACCAUCAUCGGGUCCAGAACCACUACUGCCGUGUUGAUCGCAAAGGAAACAAUUUUACAUACCUUAUACAUGCAAUAGGAGAAGGCGAGAUUGAUAGAGAGAGAGCGAGUAUUUGAUUUUAAUUUGAUUUAAAGAACAUACGUGUACAGCCUUUCAGGAGAGAGACAUUGAUAGGAUGUUAGCCACAUCGGCGAUCAUGGACGAUGAUGAUUUCGCUAUCGAUAGCUAUGAGGAGGAGGAACCGUUCGACGAGCCGAAAUCCGAGAGGAGAGUGACACGAGUGACCAUGUCCACUACCCCCGCAAAUGCGAAGAACGAUCGCGUUGGCGAUGAGGCCGACAUGCUUUCUUGGACCGGAAGCGAUCUGGACGACGAUGGAAAUGCCCAAAACGGCACGACGAGCUACUACGAAGAGCGCCAGGAUGCGGGAUACGAUCGAAGGACCAAAUCACACCAAAGCAAUAAUCAUUCAAGCAUCGAGCAACGAGAUGACGUGGAUAACGAUGAGGUUAUGAGCAUCCACUGGAGUGGGAGCGAUCUUGAUGCCGAUGCCAACGUUGAACAAAGAGAUGACAAUGACAGUCGAGAUGAAAUGAAUGAGUUCCGUGAUACCUAUCAAGAGCCGAGUGAACGCUACGACAAAUACGCAACGGAUACAGCGCAUGCUAUUAUGUCGAUCAGAAAGGAUAUUCUAGAGCAAAUUGAAGAAGAAAUCGAAAUUGACAAGUCGAACUCGAAGGAACGUCAACAGCAAAAAGAGCUUGAUGAUGUACAGAACAGCGGAAAUGGCGGUCCUGCAAUUCGAAGGACCAGGAGUAUUGAUAACGCGUUCCGCCAAACGACGAGAAUGAUUGACAACGCAGUAAACUAUUACACCAAGAGUCCCAAAAUCGGAGACAAUUGUUCCAUAGCAGCGGGUUCCGUAGCAGCGGGUUCCGUAGCAGCGGGUUCCGUAGCAGCGGGUUCCAUAGCAGCGGGUUCCAUAGCAGCGGGUUCCGUAGCAGCUUCGGUAACAGCGAGAACCAAUAACACCAAGCUGGGACGCCCAAAACUCAUCCUUCCCCUGGCAGAUGAUUGCGAUGAUUCCGCUAUGGGAGAGCAUAGUGUUAUGACCGCCGACCUGCAAUCUGGUCCGAACAUGUGUUCCGUCAUGUCACUGUGCCAAAAUAAAACGAAAACGAAGGUCGACCGCCCCCCACCUCUAGUCACGACCACAGCUUUGAGCAGGGACGAGGAAGAGGAUCUGUUGGACCGUUUCUUCGAAAAUCUCCAGAACCGGACUUGCAAGAACGGUAAACUCAAUCGAAAACUCACAGACGAAGAAGAAGAAGGAUUGCUCCGCGUUUUCAAUCCGUUCUUGAGUCGUCUUGAAACUUUUGAUCCUGUCUUCGAGCAAAUGGAAGAGCUCGUUUGUCAGAAAGAACAUCAUAGCAAUCACGAAAAACAAGAUACGUGCGGGAAUUUGAACGACAAGUUGGUAAAAACUCCCGUAGCCUUUGCCGCUGCCAAGUUCAGUGAACUGCUCGAUCGCGUUGAGCAUUUCGACCGGUGCUUCGCCACGAUGGAAGGCACUGAAAAUACUCAAGACGAUUCCAAUGACAUGGAACAGAAAGAGACAAGUUUCAAAAAGAGAAACAAACUCGAACAAAUGAAGCAAAAAUGGUUCGCUGCGAGAUUGAAUUUCAAAUUGAGGCAAACGAUGCUGGCAGAAGUGGUGAAGCAAAACACGGCAAAAGCAGCAAAUGCCACAACCAAGUACAUGGAUUCCGUCGUUGCGAAAUGCACCGAGCCGUCAGCCAAAAAAGGUGAUGUCUCUUCCGAUGAACAGAAGAACGAUACGGUGGAAACUUCCAAAAUUUUGAAUGCCAAUAAGGGGCAAAAUAAAGACUGUGAUAGAGAUGAGUCGAUCGGUGACGAAGCAUCCAUUGAUAACAGUGACUUCUUUUCUGUAGAGACUCCAAGCAUUUCUAUAAUGACUCCAAGCGAGCAUUCGAACAUCAACUCUGCACGAGACUUCCGAUCCUUCGUCAUGUCACCUACGAGGACAAACCUCACGGAAGUGAGCAAGGACGAAUCGUAUUCCGACCAUGUUCUAAGGUCGCCUGUCUGCUUGUCACCAGAGUCCCGGCUCGCAGAAGAUCUGUCCGACUUUGGUGGACCCUCCGAUGAAGAAGAAAACAAGAUAGGUGUUUCUACUCCGGGGCGUUUAGCUGUGAUUACCGAAGAGGUCGACGCUUCGGAGAGUUCAGAAUCCAUAUUGUUGAAGAAGAAGAAGAGUCAAACGAAAAGCGAGCGAUCUUCUUCUAGGAGUAGGGGGGGAAGCAAAUCACCAUCAAAUCUUAAGCGAUGGACAUACAUUCCUCCAGACGUCUCAACAUUUAAUUCAUCGGAGUGGUUGAAAAAAUGCCAAGAAACCGUGGAGUCUGUCAAAGAAACUGUCGAGUCUGUUUACACUGUGUCAGAGCGUUUCAUUCUUGACAAAGCAUCAUGCUCGUCUAGCUCAAUCAAUCUAUCGGACUCUGAAUCGUUUGAGGAUGACCAAAACCAGAAUGGCCGAAAGUCCGCUAGAAGACGAAUCAAGCAGCAAAAUUCCAUUGUCGAGGAAAUAGAAAAUGACUCGAACUCUGAAUCGUUUGAGGAUGACCAAAACCAGAAUGGCCGAAAGUCCGCUAGAAGACGAAUCAAGCAGCAAAAUUCCAUUGUCGAGGAAAUAGAAAAUGACACGACUAAUGGAAGGAAGAGUGAAGAAUGGAGAAACCCACAAGGUAGUUACGAGGAUGAUCUCAGCGACUUUCAAACAGCCGUCGGCACUUUCAGUUCCGAGCCUACGGACGAAAGACCCCCGAUGCUUCGACUUCAGAGAAGCCGCCAUGAAAGCAGAAGCUGCGGUAGUCAUUCCAAAGAGGCACCGAAAUACAAUGGAGCACCAAGUCAAAUGUCGUCGGAACUUCCAAAAGGAUAUACCUUGGCGGAUAGCAUUCGACAUGCUGCACAAACUGCACAAACGGGAGGAAACGGAAGAAAAGAACCACGUGGCAACAAGGUAAAACGUGAUCCUAGUGUUCACAUCCGCGUCAGCCAACCUAGUGUUCACAGUCGCGUUAGCCAUACCGUUCCUCAACCUGCUGAACCAGAGAAACCAAAAGAAGAUCCCGAACCAAAUCCAGAACUUCAACAAAAGAUUCGAAGUCCAAGAUCUUCCGAAACAGAGGACACUGCAAGAUUGACCGCGCAAACGACAUCGUCAUUCGAAGAUAUAGACACGAUUUUCGAGGAUAUUGACACGACCUUCGGCGGUAUUGAGGGCGAAGAAAAGAAAUCGGUGAUCAUAUGUGUCGAAAGCCCGAGUGCGAUAUCCCAGAAGGCCGAAGACAGUGUUGAAAGCCCGAGUGCGAUAUCUCACAAAAGAACUGUCUCGAAAGAAUUUCAGGAUGAAGACGAUAAAAGGACUGUCUUCUCGACAAGCACGGAUUCAUUUAAGGAUUGCAUGAGUAGAUCAACGACAAUGACAGAACGGGAAGUUUUGAAUGACAAUAAGACUGUGUUUUCUAUCAACACAACCGGAACGACGGGUUCGGACUCUUUCAAAGACUGUUAUCAAGAUGCGAUUCCAUCCUUGACUACGAUGGACACCAUGGUUGAGAAAGCAGAGACUUCUUCUCCAACAAUCUCGGAUAAGAAUUUGCUCAAAGAAAACUCCAAUGCAUCCACUAAAGUCAUUCCAUACUCUUCUGCUGAAGCAUCUGCACAGGCGAAUUUGGUUACUACAUCCGUCGCUGUACUAUCAGUUUCAGCCGUAAUUCUCAGUGCUACUCCAAGCAACCGGAAUAGGGGAGAUUCUAGUAAACAUAACAAAACGACACCUCGCGUGGACAAUUCCACAAACGCUCCGAGAAUGAAAGACACGGGAACACCCGACAACCUCGAGUUGGAACUCAAAGGAGACCCCGACAAGCAAGUAUUGGAAGCUGUGGAAGAUUCCGAUGCGCAAUCAAGGGCUAAUGAAGCAGACAAAUCCAGUUCCAAGUCCACCGACAUUAAUUUAUCGCAAGACGAUAAAGGAAACGAAGGCGAAUCGCAACAACUGUCUGUGGUUGAAGACGCAGCAGCCAAUGAAGAGGAAGUGAUUCAAAUUGUCGAACAGGAAGAGGGCAAAGAAGAAACCCUCGGUCAUGUUGACGAAAUAGAACUAGGACCACCAACUAAUCAAGGUGUUGAAGAACCCUCGUUGAAAGAAGAUGAUAAUCACGUCGAGGAAAUUGAUGAAACUAAAACAAAGAAACAAACGAUAGAAGAUGACAAUUUUGUCCAAGACAGUCCCCUCGAAGAAGAGAUCCAAGGCGAUCUCGACGUGAUGCAAGACAGCACUCUCGAAGAAGACAAUAUCGAUGAAACGCGAGAAGAAAAAGCGAUGGAAGAAACACCGUCGCACAUCGAUGUCGAUGACGAAACGAUGGAAGAAGGACCCCUUGAGGAAGCGAGUAUCGAGGAAACACAGGAAAAACAAGGGGAGGAAGAAGUGAUGCUAAAAAUCCAAAGCAGUGAGGAAUCGAUGAAAGAAGAGUCGGUUGAAGAAGACGUCGUUGAAAGCGGACACGUAGGAAAGGACAUGCCGGAGGAGACGGAAACUAGAUCGGAGCCUGGCAUCCUCGAAGUCAUUGAAGAAGAAGAUGACAUUGCGAAUACCGAAACACUGUCUUCAGGCACCGAAGUUGAAAACGAGCCAGAAGAAUCACUCUCCAGUUUCCUCAAAACAAUGGAGGAGGAAGAAUGUUUUGUAGACGACGAUCAAUCCUUUUUGGAACCCAAGGACGACCAAUACGAGGACGAAGAGGUCAGCAAAAGAAAGUUGGGACCGAACGGCGAAGCAGAAGAAUCGCUUUCGACCUACCUCAAAGCGAUUGAGGAGGGAGAGGAAGAAGCGGACGAGACGAGCGUAGAAGCAAGGGACGACGAUGAUGAAGUAAAUGAGUCAAUCUCAACCUUUUUCAGAGGGAUGACUGAAGAACUAGGGACUUCCGAGAGCAAAUCAUUGCUCGAACCAAAAUGUAUUCACGACGAAACGCUGUCGGCCUUCCUAAUGGACGAUACAGAAACACGCACCAGCGACGACCUUAGGGAUGACAGCAUGAACGAUGAGUCCAUCUCAAAAAUCCUUGAAGAUUUAUCGAUGGAAGAAAAACAACCACCGAUCCUCGAGCAGAUGCGAGCCAAGAAAUCGCUUCAGUUGGAGAAUAGCUAUUAUUUCAACCAAACCGGCACCAUUGAAAAGCCGAAGCACAGGUACAAGAAGGCACUGAAGAAAUCAAGAGGUGAAACUCAUGACCACAACCAACAUAGUGGAAACGCGACGUCCGCCCCGCUGACGGUGGAGGACCGUCGCCAGCGAAGAUUGCGGCAGAGACGCAAGUUUGAGAAAGUGUUGCGCGGCGAAGACGACUCCUCUGCUGCGUCCUCGUCCUAUGCAUCGUCGGGCUACAACACCGCUAGCACCAAGCAGCAGUCGUCUUCGUCUGUUUCCGAGGCCGAAGAUUUCGACAACCACGAGGCCAAAGACUUUGACGCCCCCAACGCUCCACUUUUUUCGUCCAGCUUUGACACCGCGUCCGUCGUUCGAGAAUGGUAGCUUUGCUAUUCCGAGGAAGUUGUGCGGGGUGUUGCAUUUCGAUACAUGUGCGUGGAUAUAACAACCUGUAAGAUAUGAGUGUGUCUGCUGUACACCAAUGGCAUGCUGCAACGCCAUCAAAUGCUCCUACUUUCGUGACCGAGGAGUAAUCUAUUAUUUAUUGUUUCUUUCUUACUAUUAAUAACUUUUUAUGACUACUAUUACUAUAAUACUAUUAUUAAUAGUAGUUUUAAUGUUGAAUGAGCCGCUUUACUGGUCUCAGCCUAAUCAUCAAUUUCAUUAUGACACCAGCAUAUUGAUUCUGGAUUCCAAAAUUCUCUCUUCGUUAUUAUUUUUUUUUGUUCUCGCCCCCAAAAAAGCGUGUCGCAGUGUAAGCGUAUCUUUUCGAACUAGAUUCAAUGCACUUUUGAAAAACCCAAUUUUUGGAAGGCAUGCCACCUACCGGUAUGUUUUGAAUUCUAAAAAAUAGUUUUUUGCUGGGGUAGGAUUCGUACGGCCGGGAAAACAAGUACUCGUACGUACUAUAGUGUACCGAACUAUUGGCAUGUCCGUUCCAAUGGAACCCAACCGACACCCAACGCCGGCGUCCUCCUACCGUAGGAAAAACGUGUCUCGUUCUUUAAAUACUGUAAUACCAAUGAUUUGAAAAACAAACAGACGGUAUGGUAAUACCUGCGCGAGUGAUGUGAAUUGAGGAACAACGAAAACUAACUUCAGUUGUCUGCUUUUUCGUAACAGCAAUUGAAUCCUCUCUUUGCAAGAACACUUUGGAUCAGCGAAACAGCAACAGAAACGCUCACGAGUACCAUCAAUUGCCCAAACCAGCAUUCCGCAGUGCACACCUCCACCAUGGCCGACGAAAACAACAGUGAAGAAAACAAGAACAUCACCACCGAAACCAUCAAGUUUACGGAAAACAAUGAAAUCGUCCGCAACAUCCCCGACUGCCUGGAUGGAAAGAUGAAGCUGGAGUACUGGAACAAAUUCUGCGACGACUGUGAUGAGGCCAUGAAACCAAUCGGCCGCGUCACACUCGUUAAAAGCCUGCUGGCUUUUGCCUGUUUUGUUUUUGGCAUCCUAGCGGCUUCCGGAUUUAAGUUUGGGGAUAUCGAGCUCUCCGCCUACUACGGCGUGGUGGCACCGGUGACUAUUAUCCUUAUCUAUUUUUGGUGCCAGGUCGAGGCCUACGCACACAAGAAGGCCGCCUCAAAAAUCCACAGGGCAUGCUCCGAGGUCGGGAACUACAUCAAGGGUUUGACGCUGACGCUGGAGGACGAAGAAGUCGAUUGGUACAUCAAGAUCACCAUCAACAACGCGCUCCAGCAGCAGGUGGAAGCGGACGUCGAGGCCGCGGUACCGGCCAUGGCGGUCGCUGCCGCCGUGAGCGCGACGCAGUCCGUUUCCGCCGUGCCCGUGGCGAUUUCCUCGGUGUCGUCGAGCAACAAGGCACCAGAGAAGUACGUCAAGGACGAGGAAACCGGCAAGAUGAAGCUGAAUCCCGAAUACAGGAAAUGGAUGAACGCGAACAAAUAGAACAAAGCAGAUGAUAUGAUGAAGGAAGGAAAACAUGUCUGAGAGCAACGGAAAUGGGCGUGUAAAGAAAGGAAACGAUGCGAAUGAAUGAAUGAAUAUGAAUAAAAUAUAAUUUUCUCG